GGGCGCGGCGCAGCGCGGCCGCUGCGGCCCCGCCAUGAGCCGGAGGUAGCGGCGGCGGUGCAUUUCGCAGCCGCCGCCGCCCGCCCGCCCCUCCGCGGCGGCGGCCGGGCCCGCGAUGCCGAACCAGAAGGGCGGCAAGGGCAAGAAGAACAAGCGCGCCAACAGCAGCGGCGACGAACAGGAGAACGGGGCGGCGGCGGGCGGCGGAGCCGCGGCGGCGGCGGGCGGCGGCUCCGCGGCUGGUAGCGGAGCCGGAGCGGCGGCGGGCGGCAGUGGCGGCGGCGGAGCGGGCGGCGGAGCGGGAGGCUCGGCGGCCGUGGGCAGCGCGGCGCCCGGAGACGUCAAGAGCGAAGCCCCUUGUGCUACUCCACUGAUCUGUAGCUUUGGAAGGCCAGUGGACCUGGAGAAGGAUGACUACCAGAAGGUUAUAUGCAACAACGAACAUUGUCCAUACAGCACUUGGAUGCACCUUCAGUGUUUCUACGAGUGGGAAAGCAGCAUUCUCGUUCAGUUCAAUUGCAUUGGCAGAGCCAGGAGCUGGAAUGAAAAGCAAUGUCGACAGAACAUGUGGACAAAGAAGGGAUAUGACCUGGCUUUUCGCUUUUGCUCCUGUCGGUGUGGGCAGGGUCAUUUAAAGAAGGACACUGACUGGUACCAGGUGAAGCGAAUGCAGGAUGAUAAGAAGAAGAAAUCAGUGUUGGAGAAGAGCACGGGAAGGUCGAUGGCAGAGUCAGCAGAGGAGGCCAAAAAGGGCAGGCCGGCCAACAAGCCACAGAAAGGCUUGAGUAAUGACCUCCAGCGAAGGCACUCGAUGGACAGGCAGAACUCGCAGGAGAAGGGCGUCAUGGGUGGCAGCUACGCCGUCCGUUCGCCUUGUGUCUCUCCUGGCCAGUCCCCACCUACUGGCUACUCUAUUCUUGCCCCAACACAUUUCAGCGGUCCUCGUUCCUCACGAUACUUAGGAGAGUUUUUGAAGAACGCCAUUCACCUGGAGCCCCACAAGAAGAACAUGGCCGGUGGGGGCAUGUUCAGGAACGCGCAUUUUGAUUAUGGGGCAGCUAACUUGCAGGCACACAGAUCGGGACACUUUGAUGCUCCUGUGCAGUUCUUGAGAAGGCUCGAUCUGUCUGAGCUGCUCACUCACAUCCCCAGGCACAAACUGAAUACUUUCCAUGUGCGGAUGGAAGACGAUGCCCAGGUGGGGCAAGGGGAGGACCUUCGGAAGUUCAUCCUUGCUGCUCUUAGUGCCAGCCACAGGAAUGUUGUAAACUGUGCGCUAUGCCACAGGGCGCUGCCAGUGUUUGAGCAGUUUCCGCUGGUGGACGGGACUCUGUUCCUUAGCCCAUCGAGACACGAUGAGAUUGAAUACGAUGUGCCCUGUCACCUUCAAGGAAGGCUUAUGCACCUCUAUGCUGUUUGUGUAGACUGCUUAGAAGGGGUUCACAAAAUUAUCUGCAUUAAGUGCAAGUCCCGAUGGGAUGGAAGCUGGCAUCAGCUGGGAACUAUGUAUACCUACGAUAUUUUGGCAGCAUCUCCCUGUUGUCAGGCUCGACUGAACUGUAAGCACUGUGGGAAGCCAGUAAUAGACGUACGGAUUGGCAUGCAGUAUUUCUCUGAAUACAGCAACGUACAGCAGUGCCCUCACUGUGGAAAUCUAGACUACCAUUUUGUGAAGCCAUUUUCCUCAUUUAAAGUUUUGGAGGCUUAUUGACGAAAGCUUUGCUUUAGUAAUAGCUAUUUUAUGGGUAUUUCAACUUUAUUACAUAUCUUUUUAUAGGAUUCAUUCUGUGAUGAAUUUUAAUUUCUUUUCUAACUGAAAAAGCAGCUUCUUUGUCUGUGUACAUAUUAAUAUGUAUAUAUACAUGUUAAAACCAGAGUCCUCCUGACAAGAUCUCUGUGAAGGUUGAAGGCAAGCCAAUGUAAUGGCCUUUGAAUAUAUCCUGAGUGUGGGGUAAAGUUCAGCUAAAAAUAUUUUGGGUUUAUUUUUUUGUAUAAUUGUGAUACAGUUUAUAGGAAGGAUGUGGGAAGACAUACAUCCAGACAGAGAAAUAUGUCCAGUUGGAGAGUGGGUAAUUGUGUAAGGUGAUUGACCCUGCAACUUAGUGGAAAUGAGAAAUCCUAGGAAAGAAACCUGUCCUGUUACUGCUGAGGUCAGUCAGCCUUCCCAUGGGUGCAGGAGCUGGCCCCGUGCUGCCAGUCACCUCAGCAGGCUUUCUUUCAGAUUUCCCGAGGUGGUGUAAAUUAAGGUAUUGUGACAAGUGAAUGUAAAUGUAUGCCAGAAAAUGCAAUCUUGAAAUUAAUUACUUUUUUUUUUUUGGCUUGGUGUCUUCCCUCUUUGUGUGUUUGCUGUAUGUUGCCCUCACUUGAUGGACCGUACAGCAAUAGUUCUGCUUCCACCAUGGCUGUCGUGUGCCCAGCUGGGUCAUCUGUUCAUACCAAAUCAAGCCGGAGGUCUUAAAAUGCUUUAUUUAAAGAUGUUUCUUCACAGAUGUGUUAGGGAAGGAACAGGCUGAGCUGAAUGAGGAUGCAUUUGUAUGUGUCUGCUGAGGCUUUGCUGCCUACUGCAGACUGGUUUGACUGGUGUGGAAGGAGGACCACAAAGAGGGAUCAGGGCCAUCAGAGUUGACAGGUAGAGUAAGAAACAUGGUAUCACUUCUUAAAACAAUUCAUUGCUGCACUUUUAUCUUUCAAAAUUACAUUAAGUCCAGGAUCCAAACACUUGGAGUCUUUUUAAGAAGGCCAACUUAGUGUAUGUACUUUCUACGUGCCUCUGUGCUGUACAUCAUAGAGUAUGUACAGCAAUUAAUUUGAAUUGGAGGGCUUGGCCCUGUAGACUCUGCAGGUGAUUCUUAGUUCUUGAUUUUCCUUUCCUCAAAUAAAUGUUUUUAAAUAGGUCAUUAAUCUUUUGCUUGGUUUCUUAAGCCAUCUGAGAUUCAGGGGAAGUUUGUAUUUUUCUCCAUAGUAUAUUUAUGGGGUGUUUGUCCACUUGAGAGAUGUGAGUUUUGUUUCUUUUUACAAGGUGGGAUUAUUUUUUAAAUUCUUUUUUUUAAGUUCUUUUUUUUUCCAAAUUAGAAUAUUUUUAAAGAGUGUAACUGUUGAAAACAUGAUCUUGAAAAUGACCCUGAUACACUGCCACCAUGGGAAAGAAAACAAAAAAGUCAAAGGUCAACGAAGUGUUUUGUUUGCUGGACUGAGAAUUUUACUUUCUGCUAAGUUAAGAAAUUGCCAUGCCCGUAAAACUCAAACUGAAUAUCCACGUUUCCUUGUAUAUAAAAAUGCCAAGUUCACAAGUUCACUGGCUGUCUUCAGUGCAGAAAUAGCUCCUUUUAACAUUAGUCACUCUGAGUAACGUUCCAGCUGCACAGAGGGCUUAUGUUGGCACAGUUGACUUAGUAUUAACUUGAGUGGUCAACUUGUCCUUAGAAGCCAGCCAGUUCACAUUAAUGGUUUUCACAUCUGGGUUGUCCGUUUCAAGCAGUUUCACUGGUGAUCCACUGCUGGUCUCUCAACAGUGUUAGCAGGCUGUGGUAGCCUUCAUCACUGAUGCUCCUCUCCUGUCCUUACUUACCUGGCUUCAGGUCUGGAGCACGUGCUUGAGGUUUUGUAUGGUGGUUCCCUGUUUGUGACAGUUUUGGGGAAACCUGUUUCCUUUCUAAGGAGAAUUAUAAGAAGGACUUUGAGAGCCUGCUAACAGUGUCCUGGUAUGGCUACCACAAGUUAAGUUACGCAAAGCCCAGUGCAGUAAGACCAGCACUGUAACCAUUGCCUAUAGGAGCAGGAGCUGGCCUAGGUGUAUGUGGGCUGGAGGAAGAUGUUGAGCAGAUAAAACUUGGUAGACUGUGCCCUGUAGGCUUUCCUUGUGGAGAAAAAUCAAAUAAUAAUGUGAAUUAACUCCUCAAGGAGGAUGAGCCCUUUUGGCGGUAUGUUGAGCAACCUGGUGGAGUUAGGGUGACUACCAAGGUUUGGAGUUGUGUGGGCUGUCAGUACUGUGAGAACCAGACCAGAUAGGCAAUGGCAAGACUGUUCUAGUGGCCUGAAAUCAGACGGCAAAGCCAAAGCUUGUGUAAUGAGAACAAUGAAAGGCUAAUCUGGCAGGGGGGUUGGACUAGAUGAUCUUUCGAGGUCCCUUCCAGCCCUUUGAGAUUCUCUGGUUCUGUGAUCUGUUACUGUAGUGUUCAGUCUCAAGUGCCAGUCACUUUUGCCACGAGUCUAGGAUGUUAAUUCCCACUUAGGCUACGUAGCCUUGCUUACACACUUUGUCCUGUGCUUUGUGAGGGGAGGUGUCACCAUACAAUGCACAUGGUUGGGAAGAAGUGGGAUCUGGAGUCCUCCUAAAUACUUGUUCAUUUGCUGUCCUUAGACUAGCUUAUUUUAUAAUUGUGUUCAAAUAACUGAGAUGCCUCUCCAGAUAUCUAUGUGUGACAAUCAAGAAUGACAUGUAAAAAGGGAAUUUGACCAGCUUUAAAAACACAAGUAUAUGAAAGGGUGUACAGUAUAUUCAAGUCAAAACCAAGUAUGCAGCAGAAUGAGAAAAUGAGAAGGGGAAAGCAUAUUUGAAGUCUUAACAGUGACAAGGAGCUAUGUAAAAAGCUAUCCAAGAAAACAAUUUUGUUCUCCAUUAGCUUUUCCUUUUAAUUCUGUUAUUAAGUGAGUCUUAGCUACUGCUUGAGGAAAUGCCUGUUUUCUUGCAAAACGUGUCUCAACUGGAGGCUAGCAGCUCUUGUAGUGCUGUAAGAAUGAUCCUCGAUGGAAACCAGCUGAGCUACAGAAAGAUGCCUCUGAACUUUCACUCCAAAGUAAAUAGACUCUAAUUUGUAGAAAAUGGUUUCUCUGCUUCUUGCUGGUGCUGAAAACUGGUCUUAGGUUACUGCAAAAUGUGUACUUUCUGUAAUGUGCAUCAAAUUGAAGUUAAGCAGUCAGGCCCACCCUUCGGCCACAGGAGAUUCAAAUGGGCUUUGCGUAAGUAGAAAGGCAGAGGUAACUUUUUUGGCACGAAAUGGCUACUUCAGAGAUUAAACUAUACCACAGUUGGUUUGCAUUCUGCCUUGACAAGCACUGGAAGUAGUCAUAAGCUUUUCAAUGUGUCAAAAGGGCAUUGUUUCCCUAGCUAGUGAGCUGCUUGCUUUGCUUGUUUGGCUGAAGUUUAUUGUUCAUUCCCUUUCAUCUUUCUGAUGCUAUAUGUUCUUUUUAAUCUGGCCUGUGGUCAGAUUAAAUUGUGCCUGAAAUAUGUUUUGUAACCGAAAAUACAGUCCUCUAGAUUUGGAGGUUCAUUCUACUUAAGUGCACGAUACUCCUUGUGAUAGUGAUGGGAGUUGCAUGUGCAAAUGCUCUUCUUUCCACUAAAUUCUGCUUUUCAUAAGGGGAGGCUUGCAUUUAGAUAAACUUCAUAUUUUGAAUGUGUAAAAAUUAAUUCAUCCACCAGUAGGAGAUUUAAAAGUAAAUUUUUAUAACUAUAAGUAACACAAUGGACGUCUUUUACAUGCUGAUGCGUAAUUUGACAUCUGUCAAGAUGAACUGCCUGAAAUUCUUGUUCUGUCUAAUGAUGCAGAGUCAUUAAAACUACAAUAUUCUAUAGGGUAUCCUAUAGUGUAUUUGCAUUAACAUCUCCGGUAGCAAGGAAUGUAUUCAUAAUGAAUUUAGUUGGGAAAAUAUGGAAUAUUCCUACAAGAGAGACAUCUAACCCAAUUUCUUUCUUUUUUCUUUCCCCUCCCACCCACCCUUGUACUCUUCAUUUUGCUGUACCAGCUAACCAAGGACAAACAUGUUGUAAGGCUGCUGGUGAGAAAACCCCUGAAAAAUAUACUUGUCCAUAAAGGUUUCUUGUUGAGACAUUCUUGGAUUGCACUUUUGCAGAUGGAAGAAUAUGUACAUAGCAAAUGAAUGUUGAUGAAAUUAAAAUAAUUGGUUAUAUCAUUUGCGUGUGUUGUUAGAGAAUAUUUUAUUGUGACUUCACUGUAUUAAAAAGUAAUAAAUACCAGAGAGCUAA